AUGUCUGUUAUGGGCAAAAUUAUCGUGCCUAAUGUAUGCCGUCGUAAUUUUAUUAAUAUAAGCGCCUCAUUACAAUCUGUGAGAUCAAAUCGAAGUUAUUUUACAUACACUCAAGAAUUGUCUCAGCCCUUAGACCGAAAACCCGAAUUUGUUAGUGCCAAGGAAGCUUUUGAAAAAUGUUUGAAGUCUGGUCAAACUGUUUUCGCUCAGGGCGCCGCAGCGACCCCUGUUCCUCUCCUGAAUGCUAUGACGGAUGUUGGUAAAGCAGGUUCAUUGAAAGACAUCAAGGUUGUGCAUAUGCAUACUGAGAGGGACGCGCCGUAUGUUGCUCCGGAAUGCAAGGAUAUUUUCAGGUCCGUGUCAUUGUUCAUGGCGGCGAAUGUUCGUCAAUCAGUAGCCGAGGGUCGUUCAGACGCCAUCCCCAUCUUCCUACAAGACAUCCCCAAGUUAUUCCACAGGAAGAUCAUAAGACCAGACAUCGCUGUCAUACAGGUUUCUCCCCCAGACCAGCACGGCUACUGCAGCCUCGGUACAUCCGUGGAUUGUGUGAGAUCUGCUCUGGUUAACUCAAAAAUUAUUAUAGCUCAAGUAAACGUGAAUAUGCCACGAACUUUCGGUGACGCGAUCAUCCACGUGUCACACGUUGAUUAUGCAGUAGAAGACAACACGCCGCUACCCGAACAUGGAGGGAAGGCGGCCACGGCUGAGGAGACGCAGAUAGGACAACUGAUAGGAGAUAACCUGGUGGAAGACGGAGCUACGCUACAGAUGGGUAUUGGUAACAUACCUGAUGCUGUGCUCUCCGCUCUGAAGAAUCACAAAGACCUUGGAAUACAUUCAGAGAUGUUCAGUGUGGGGGUCAUUGACCUCGUGAGGAGGGGGUGUGUCACCAAUAACAAGAAGAAAAAUCACAAAGGUCGUAUAGUUGGCAGUUUCCUCGUUGGUAACAAGGAGCUCUACGACUUUGUGGACAACAAUCCGUUUAUAGAAAUGUUGGAGAUAGAUUACGUCAACAACACACACAUAGUGUCAUUACAGCCGACUAUGACUGCCAUCAAUUCCUGCAUCGAAGUAGAUCUUACUGGACAAAUUUGUGCUGACUCUAUAGGUACCCGUAUGUUUUCCGGGUUCGGUGGCCAAGUGGACUUCAUCCGUGGUGCAGCGGAGUCAGUUGAUGGUAAAGGGAAACCUAUCAUAGCAUUGGUUUCCAACACCAAGAGGGGCGAGUCUAAGAUUGUACCCACGCUGAAAAUUGGCGCGGGAGUAGUAACUACUAGGGCGCACGUGCAUUAUGUAGUAACUGAACAAGGCAUAGCUUACUUGUUCGGUAAAACAUUAAGACAACGAGCAUAUGAGCUCAUUAAAAUAGCUCACCCAGACCAUCGUGAAGCACUCGAAAAGGCUGCCUUCGAGCGACUCAAAUGCAUGCCAGCACCUUAA